AUAAUGAUCAUGCUAUCACUUUCAAUAUCCAGGAAGUAAGUAUUUUAUUUGAAACAGACCAGCAAGUUGGAGAGCACAAGAAGCAGGCAGAGAGGAGAUUAAGCAAAGUAAAACACUAGUAAUUAAUUAUGGCAACCAGCUCGGUUAUGGCUCCAUCAAUCAGCCUGAAACCAGCUCCUUUUACAGUCAAGAAACCUUCUUCAGUGAGAGGGCUCCCGACUCUUGCAAGGAGAUCAUCUUUCAAAGUUGAGGCUAGUCGUACGAGGAAGACCAACACUGAUCAGCCUUAUGGAAUCAAUGGUGGCAUGGACUUGAGGGAAGGGGUUGAUGCCUCUGGGAGGAAGGGCAAGGGAAAGGGAGUGUACCAAUUUGUCGACAAAUAUGGUGCUAAUGUUGAUGGAUACAGUCCUAUUUACAACACUAAUGAUUGGUCUCCAAGUGGUGAUGUUUAUGUUGGGGGUAAGACUGGCUUGCUAAUCUGGGCUGUUACCCUAGCUGGCCUUCUUGCAGGGGGAGCCCUUCUUGUUUACAGUACAAGUGCUUUGGCACAGUAGAGUUCUGCUGCUCUGAUUUGCCUAUCCCAAGUUCCCAACUACUGUUUCUAGCAGCGAUAAUAAUAAUAAUGUGCUGCUCCAAUUUAUAUAAUCAGUUCCCUCUUCAAUUCAACAGUACAAGUAUUUUUUAAAAUAAUUGCUGUUAACAUUAA